UCCACCAACUCCACUGCGCGCCGCCGCUGGUUCUCUGACUACGCUAGCAGACGACAGCACUCCGACGGGCCCUUCCUACCGGUGCGGACUUCGACAGCUUCUCCGCGUAGUGCUCUGCCCAGCAGCUGCUCACUCACCGCAAUGGAUGAUAUCUGGAGCUCGUACGCGAAAGACACCGGCGACGAUUCGCCCAACGCGCAGAAGAAGCCUCUCGUCUCCGAAUCCGUGAAUGCGCUGAGCGAAGACCUCGCCCAGUUUGCUACCGGCAGUGCGGUGACAGAUGCGGCUCGGAGCUCCGCUUCUUCAGCCUCCCACGGCGGCGAUGCGGUCUCUACGUCCAAGGAUAAGCACGAUCAGCUAGAUCUUCUUUCAGAUUUCCAGCCGAACGCCGUCACGGCGAGCUCCGCUGCGGACACUGGCAGCACGCCGCUGGCCUACGGCGAUUUAUUACAUGACGCAUCGCCUGGCGAAGGGGCUCCGCCGUUGAAGCCUAGCGCGCCGCCAGCGCCCGAGAAGGUCGCGCCAGCGGCGGCCGAGCCCGAUUUAGAACUCCGUCCCGAGCCGAAAAACCCGCCUCCACCCAAGCGGACAGCGCCGGAGGAGUUGUUGCCCGUAGCGGACGUUAAGCCUACGCCCGUCGCAUCGUCUACGAGUACUAGGCCUAAAGCGGCCGAAAUGCAGCGAGAAGCGACUUCGACCUCGAGUUUUUCGAAGAACAGGCCGUCGUGUUGCAUCUUUUCGCCAGGAUCCGGCUGGAGUUCGGCAUGUCUGCAUCCUUGCGUGGAGGAGCUGGUGUACUGGCGGCAGCCCAAGAAGAGUGGCCUGGUGUUUGGGCUGGUGCUGGCGGUGCUGCUCUCCCUGACAUGCUUCUCCCUGAUCAGCGUGGUGGCCUACCUGGCCCUGGGCAGCCUCAUGGUGGCCAUCGCCUUCCGCGUCUACCGCAACGUCCUCCAGGCGGUCCAGAAAUCCUCUGAGGGACACCCCUUCAAGGAGUACCUGGAGAAGGACCUUUCGCUGCCAAAGGAGCGCGUGCACGAGACUGUUGACAUGGUCAUCAAGCAUGUCGAUGCAACGGUGGCUCGCCUGCGCAGCCUCUUCCUGGUUGAGGACCUGGUGGACUCACUAAAGCUUGCCCUGCUGUUCUGGGUGCUGACCUACGUGGGAUCCUGGUUCAAUGGGAUGACCCUCAUCAUUCUGGCCUAUGUCUCUGCAUUCACACUUCCCAAGGUCUAUGAAACCUACAAGACGGAGAUUGACCAGUACCUGGGGCUCGCCAGGACACAUGUGGGAAAUGUGAUUGGCACGAUCAAGUCCAAGAUCCCGAUGGGUGGUCAGCAAGCUCAGAGGCCCAAGGAGGAGUGAAAUGGGCUGCAGCGAUUCCCUUGUCCUCAUCACGGCAGAUUCCAUGAUGCUCCGAAAGGAGAACCCCCACCAGAGGACAGGAAUUUUUUUUUUAUCCCUUGCAUCUGGAGUAUUGCUUUUCUUUUUUUAAUUGAAGAGUAGCCUCGUCGUGGACCUCAUAAUUGUGCUAGGGGUAGACGAAGUGUCAUGUUGUUUUCAUUUGUUUUUGUAACGAAAAAAACUUUGACAAAAUGUUACAUAGUCCGGUUUCAUUUGCUUAAGUUUUGUCAAAAAUCUUCCUUCCUAUUCUCGAUGGUUUGGCUAAUUUAACAGCUGUAAAGUGAGUUAUUCCUCUGGACUUCUUAUAAUUCUCUUUCUGUUUCUUUCUACCCCCCCCCCCCCCCCAUUUUUUUCCACAUCUGUCCUUUGAACUAAGUUCUUUUACUGCACAUCACCAUCCCCCACCUUUUUUUAUUUUUUCGUAGGUGUUCUGAAUAAUCUUUUUGGACAUGUGAUGGUUCAAUCAUUUGUUUCUUGCCAAGCAUGUACAGGACCAUCAUUGAUAUUGAUUUGUAGCGGACAUCAGUUUAUUUUGCUGGCAUGUCACGUUUGACAUCUUAUGGGGGAAAAAAUUGUGUUCAAAAGAAUUGUUUCGGAUAGUGAGAGCAUCUGGGAAUGCAAGUGGCUGUUCUAUUCAAAUAUUUACAACAUACUUAAUGUCUUACACGUUAGCUGGUAAGGCUGAAAAAAAAAAAAAAAGAAGCUUGUGCUCGAUGUUCUCUUUUGCAGAGUGCAUUUUCGUUGUUGCUCCUAAUAUAAAAAUGCCGCACAGAAUUGUGCGCAGUUUGUUUUUCUUCGGAUGCUGUGGAGUCCGUACCUGCCUAGCUGCACUUGUACAGCGACCUCACCGCUUAUUUUUUUUCUUGAGUGGUUGAAUGAUGAAGGUUCGAGUCCAAUCUCAACAUUUGCUGUUUCCUGUCAGCAGCAUUUGUAAAUGGCUGCCAUGUUAUCAAUGCAAACUGUUGUGCGUGGACGUGGAGAGGUUGCUCGUGUUGUCAACGGUUUCUCGUUUAAAUCUUUUCUUCCUUUUCGACUCGUGUAACUAAUCCGCGUGCGUGUGUAUGUGUGUGCCGUUUCUUGGGUUUUUGCUAGCCCGGGACAAUUGUUCACCUUUUGUUACAGCGUGUCUGUGUUGGAAAGGGUUUCCGUGGGGCUAGAAGAAUAACGCGGCAAUGUUUUUGCAGCGGUGAACCAUGAUAAUCUAUCAUUACCGAAGAACCUGAUUAAAGGCUGUGUGGUUUGCAUGUUUACACUUUGCAGCACCGUGUGUUGAUGUUGCCGUGCGGAGUACAUGGAAAAUGCAAAGGAGAGAAAAGAAAAAAGUUGCAUUGAAGAACGGAUUGUGUCUCCUUUGCUUUCGAGUGUUUUUCCACAAAAUGAAGCUUUUUCUAAAACAUUGCAGUUAGCGAGACCUAUAUCUGGGCUGUUGUGACCCUCUUCACUGCGCCUAUUUGCAGCACAUAUUUAUUGCAUCGAGGACGUUGACCUGUGCACUUUUCUACAUUCGUGUUCAGGAGGUGUGGUCCCGUCGUCCAGUGUAGUAGUUUCGUUCUCCGUUGGAAACUACAAUAAAGCAUUCCCCUAGACCGCCCCUUCA